AUGACAGUGGAAAAAGGUGAAGCAAUUAAAGAAAAAGGCAAUAAUCAUUUUUUACAAAAGAAGUAUAAUGAUGCAAUCAGUUGUUAUAAUCAAGCAUUAAAACAAAAUGGUGAAAAAGCUACCUACUAUGUUAAUCGUGCAUUAUGUUAUAUAAAAUUGAAACAAUGGGAUAAAGUAUAUCAAGAUGUUUGUCAUAGUCUUGAUCUUGAUCCAAAUUAUAUCAAAGCUCAUGCGUACUUAGGUCAAUAUUAUAUUGAACAACAACGAUAUGAUGAAGCAAUAAUAUGUUGUAAACGAGCACUUGAAUUAUGCAAAAUCCAAAAUAAAAAUUUUGGUAAUGAAAUUCAAAGACUUUUACAUUAUGCACAAAAAUGUCGUUUUUCAUUAAUGGAACAAAAACGUUUUGAAAAUGAAAAUAGUUUACAAACAUAUCUUCAUUCAUUAAUGCAAACAGAUAAAGAACGACGUAUGCAAUUAUGUAUUGAAAAAUAUUUAGAAGAUAAUGAAACUAAUACAAAUAAACAAAUUGAAUCAGAAUCCAUAUCACCUUUAUCAACAACAGCGAAUAGUUUUUUAAUUUUAAAACAAUAUUUAUCACAAACAAUGGAUUAUCAUAAUCAACAGACAACAACAAAUCUUGAUUCAAUGGUUCCAGUUAGUUCAAAAACAGCUACAACACCUGAUGAUCAAAUGAAUAAUGUUAUCGAUCCAAUACUUGAACAAACAUUAUUUGAAAUCGAACAAACAUCUAAUCAAUCAUUGCAUGAAUUGAAUAAUUUAUUUAAUGAAGUUAAUAUAAAAAGAAAACGACGUGAAAUACCAGAAUAUUUAACAUGUAAACUUUGUUACGAUAUCAUGAGAGAUCCGGUUAUUACACCAUUUGGUAUUACUUAUUGUCGAUCAUGUAUUGAAGAAAAUCUGUACAAAGUUAGCCAUCUUGAUCCAAUAGCCAAUAAACCAUUAGUUGCUGAACAAUUAAUUAGUAAUCUUGUAGUUAAAGAAAUCGUAGAAAAAUUUAUUACAGAAAAUGAAUGGGUCAAUGCAGAAUAA